AAACCACUGAAGGCCGGUUUGGGGAUCCCCAAACCCAUUUCAAUAAAACAGAAAAGUCAUACAAUGUUCAAUGAUAAUUACAAGUCCAAAACCAAGUGUUGGCGGCGGCGGCACUGAAUCGAAUUUGCAGUUUAGUGAUCGCUCCCCUGCUCCAAUGCAGCAUUGUUUGAGGGAAUAAACCAAAAAAUCAGUAAUGAAGAGCAGUAAUUUUUGGCGGCAGAAAGAGCUCCUCUUUCUCGUUCUAUACGCCGUGGUUUUCUAUAUCAUUGUCAUUCGUCGCUCUCUUCACCUCUCCCAUGAUCAUUAUGCCAAGCUCUACGGUUUACGCCCUGGCUGGAUUGCCGCUCGACUUAAUGAUAUCUCUGAUGCCCAAUGGAGAAAUUUCAGGUCGAAUUUACCAAUUCUCACAGUGGUUUUCGGGAUUUUUACAUUGGUUGCCAAUGUGCUCAGGACCUCUUUAUCUUUGAAAGCGCAUGGGAUGUCUAUUGUCUGGCUUCUGAUUUCUUUGACUUAUCUAUUAUAUCUACAUGGAGCCUGCCUCAUAUUUGUCCUCACUAUUGCUUCAGCUAAUUUUUCUCUAGUAAAGAUAUUUGGAAGGACAAAAUACUUCUCACUUCUGCUCUGGAUUUUUAACCUCUCAUUUCUUGUAUGUAAUCGUAUUUAUGAGGGAUACCGAUUCUCCAGUUUUGGGGAACGCUGGGCUUAUUUGGAUAACUUUCGGGGUACCUUCAGAUGGCAUAUCUGCUUUAAUUUUGUUGUUUUGCGUAUGAUAAGCUUUGGGUGUGAUUAUCACUGGGCUGAUCAAUAUAAUCAAUUUGAUCAAAAGAGGCAUAUUCAACGCUGUGACCAUUGUUCAUCAGGCAAGACAUGCUACCUGAUUUUACAGGAGAGAAGGGUCAGGAAUGACAAGUUUUCAUUUCCACUCUACUUGUGCUAUUUGGUAUAUGCACCUCUUUACAUUGCUGGACCUAUCAUUAGCUUUAAUGCAUUUGCCUCACAGUUGGAUUCUCCCCAGAAUAUUUACUUGUCUCGAGAAGUGACUUGGUAUGGAUCCCGUUGGGUUUUUAGCCUUUUCCUAAUGGAAUUGAUGACGCAUCUGUUUUACUACAAUGCCUUUGCCAUUAGUGGGGUGUGGAAACAAUUGUCUCCCAUGGACAUCUUCAUCAUUGGAUAUGGUGUUCUGAAUUUCAUGUGGCUAAAAUUUUUCCUGAUCUGGCGCUAUUUCCGCUUCUGGUCACUGAUUAAUGGCAUUGUGCCUCCUGAGAAUAUGCCAAGGUGUCUAAACAAUUGCUACAACUUGGAAAGUUUUUGGAAAAAUUGGCAUGCUUCGUUCAACAAGUGGCUAGUUAGGUAUGUUUAUAUCCCUCUUGGGGGCUCUCAAAAGAAGGUGCUGAAUGUUUGGGUCAUCUUCACCUUUGUUGCUGUGUGGCAUGAUUUGGAAUGGAAGCUUCUUUCUUGGGCGUGGUUGACAUGUAUAUUUUUUAUACCAGAAAUUUUAGUAAAAUCAGUGGCAAAUACCUCGCAGGUGCAGGGUGCUUUCAGGGAAUUUGUUUUCCGUGAACUUAGUGCUGUUGCUGGUGCAAUAACUAUAACUUGCCUAAUGGUGGCUAAUCUUGUUGGGUUUGUAAUUGGGCCAUCAGGCAUUAAUUGGUUGGUUUCUGGAUUUCUCCAGGAAGAAGGUCUGGUUACACUUGGUGGCUUGUUAAUUACAUUUUAUGUUGGAACAAAGCUUAUGUUUCACAUUGCUGAUGCUAAGCAAAGGAAGGACAGGUAGAUCAUAUGAAGGUGCUGUUAUGAUAAGGAUGCGUGUCCUGUUUUCUUCAGAUUUUGGUGGGUAACAUGAUCAGAAUACACAUUCUAAGCACAAUUUUGUAACUGAAGUUGACUGGAUCCAUUCAAUAAGUAGUUGUUGGAGGAUGCAUAGUCAGGAAACUUGGGUACUGUGAAAAAAUAUUCAUGCAGUGUUUCUACUCAGAAGAAUUUGUAAUCAAUGUGCAAGGGUUGUGAUGUUGAGUUUGAA